GAGCUCCUGCUCGUUUUUACCCACAAGCCCACUGCUUCACCUGCUCCAUCUGCAGACGCGCCGCCCUCACCGCAGAGCGACGCUCCUAACACACGGAGGGAAGGAGUUCGCGAUAAGCAUCUCGAGUCUCUGAGGGUUUGUGGCUCGGGGGAUUGAACACUGAAGUGUCAUCUAGUUCAGCUUCAUCUGAGUGAGAUUCACCAGCUGUGCAGGUUGCCAUGGAGACUUCAAAGCUGCUUUUGGGGCCCCUCUGUGUCUGUAAACAGGGGCAAAGUAAGUGAAGUUGGACAAGAACAAACCGGCCUGCACCAGACUUGUGUGCGAGAAAACCGAGGUUUUCAAGACCUCAUGCAAGUGUGGUUUGGGGUUGAAAACGUUACAGAAUAUCACAAUGUUCACGCUGUCCGAGCUGUGGUCAGGCGGCGAGCGUCAGGGCAGUUAUAAGCUGCUGAAGCCAUGGUGGGAAGUCUUCAUGGACUACCUGCUGGUGCUCAUGCUGAUGGUGUCCAUCCUCGCUGGGACUCUUCUGCUGUCCCGGGACGGAGUCGUGUGCGUCCCCGUACACUCCUUCUCCACAAACAACACCUCUCCCACGGAGCCCAUGUCUGAUUCUGUUUUUACAGGUACAAAACAGUCACCCGGGAGUCCGGCAAAAGGGCGACGUACUAACUUGGACUUCCAGCAGUACAUCUACAUCAGCCAGGUUUGCUAUCACGAGGCGCUGCCCUGGUACUCGCGCUUUCUACCGUACGUGACGCUGCUCCACACGCUGAUUCUGCUGGCCAGCGGCUGCUUCUGGUUCCACUUCCCACUUACGUCCGCUCGUAUCGAGCACUUCCUGUCGCUCCUCGCCAAAUGUUGUGAAUCACCCUGGACGACAAGGGCGCUGUCGCACACAGCCAAACUGGACACUCGCUUUUCGGAGGCGGAACAAGUGGCGCGACCGAAAGUUCAGGUAACAUCUUUGUACAAAACACGCAAGUCGAGUCUGGACUCGGGGACGGAUAGCCCUCUGCUGGCAGGGACUGAUAGUGCAUCCACUACAACACAACCGUCUCCAUGUCCCUCCACGUUAUCCCACUGCUCGACGCUGUCCGCUCUGUCGAUCAAGGAGCCGGUUCUGCCGGCGCAAGUCGUACCGGACGGUUCCAGACCGGGAGCCACGUUGGACCGCAGUGACAGGGAGCAGGCCAGAGCACUGUUCGAGAGAGUGCGCAGGUUUCGCGCUCACUGCGAGAGCUCGGAUGUUAUCUUUAAGGUGUACACUGCUCAGGCGGUGUUCAAGGUCAUGAAGUUCAUUCUGAUCGUGAGCUACACUACUCCUCUCCUGGGCUCAAUCUCUUUCAGUCACGUCUGCCAGCCUCGCUCUCACGCUCUGACCGGCUACAGCGUCUUCCAGUGCAGUCACUCGCUGUCCUCCGUCCUGCGCAAGCUGAUGCAGGCCUACGUCUCGCUGCUCUUUCUGUUCGGCCUGCUGGGCGUCUACGCCCUCUUCUGGAUCUUCCACAAGUAUGGGCGUCCCGAGACAGGAGAGGACUUUGUCCAUGUAGUCUGUAGUCUGUCUCCAUGUGUGAGUGUCGAGAGAUUCUGGUGACUGAACUAACGUGUCUGUCUUCUAAGAACUAAAUGCAAAUAGAGUGUGUUAGUCCCACCCACUUUUUCAGCAUUGUCGGUUCCAGAAGUAUUUUUCUCAUUCAUUUUAAAAAAGUCUUUAAAGUCCCUGUGAACCAGAAGUUGCAAAUGACUUUUCUCCAGUGUUGUGACGUAUUACCAAGUGAAACGGAAUAUUGAAUAGAGGGCAGGGUUUUACUUUAGCGCUCCUCCUCUCCAUCUCUCGCUCAUAGCAGACUAACGGUUGGAGAGGAGUGGUUUAAGCGUCAAACUGACGUCAUCAGAGAAGGAACGUCAUUCCAGACCGGAAGUAACUUUUCAGAUUUUGAUUAAAGAUUACCAUGACAAACAAUUUUUUUCUGUGUAUUAACUUGCACAAAUUAAUUGUUUACCACAAGACUAGUAAUAUGCACUGGCAAAGUAAAUAGGGUCAAUUUUGAUUUCAUUACGACUUUAAAGAGUUUUAAAACAUGAAUCAAACCAAACAGCUACGAGGUGAAUCACAUUAUAAACUUUUAUUUGAAGCAAAAAAGUAAUAGAAAAUCAGACAGUAAGACUGUGAACUUAACUGCUUUAAUGAGGAAACGAACUACAAUCCCAUGACAUACCAAUAUUUUAAGUAUUUUGACAGCAUAGCAAGACCGACUAGAUUACAUCAUUCACAGUGCUUAAUGGGAGUGGGCGGGGCUAAAGAGCUUUUUUGGCAUAAUUUGCUGGCUGCGACUCGUUGGUGGAAUUUUCUGUACCGCAUCAUGGGUAAUGUAGGAUUUCACAAUGGAUUCAGCUUUUGAACAUGAUUAUUUUAAAACUAAGUUGAAAUAAUGUGUGGGCUGACGGCUUCAACAAAAACAAAAACUUGUAGCUCACAGUAGUUCUGUCUUUAAAGGUUUAUACUGUAAGUUAUCCUUAAAAAUAAAUUUCCCAUUUUUACUUCCGGAACCCAACUGUCACACUCUAUAAAAGUUGAAGAUGAAGCUAUGAUGAAAAUCUGAUUAAAUAUGCCUAAUCCUCAG